AGCUGUCACUGGCCCUGUUGGUGGAGCUUUGAGCUUCGAGCUUUGAGCCAGAGAAGCAGAGCAGAGCAUAUCGGUGAAACGAGGCGCCGAGCGGCGAGCACCUUUGCCAGUUAGGAUCGAGCCGCGAAUGGAGUAAGCUCGUACCAUAUUGGCGGCUCGUCCCGCUUUAUAUAUAUAUAAUGCUUCUUCCUCUUCGUCGCGCUUUUGCCGCGCGUUGACAACAAGUGAUAACAAAAAAUUUCAUUCUCUUAAAAUAAUAAAAAAAAAAAGAAAAAAAAACUAGAGUGAGGUCCCUCGGGAAAGUGCUCGCGAACUUUCCAAGAAAAAUUGUUGCAAGGUAAAUCUUGGGGGUGUAUUUCAAGAGACUAGAAAAAGAAAAAACAAGAAGGCAAUGCAUCUAAUGUCAAGAGUCUGAUAAAUGAAAGAAGAAUUCUCUGCUAGUGACUCUGUAGAAUGGAAAAAUGAUGCUUCAUCGUAGUACGUCAUCGCGACGUAAAAGAACGUCGCGUGCUAUCGGAAAUACUUCUCAAAAUCAAUUGACAGCUGCAGGUGGUCGCAGAGCUUCCUUGGCCUCUGUACCAUCUGUUAUAACUUCCGAGGCAUCAUCUGAUUCCUUGUCAAAUUUAGUAACAAUGGAAAGACAGAGGCUUCCUCGUAGAGGUAGCACAGUGCCCAAUAUCAGUUUGGAUGUUGACAACAAUGCUUCUCAAGAAGAGGCUAUCAAUCGAAGAAUGCUACCAUUGGAUCCAGAGACGAUGAUCUCACGAGGGAAUCCAUCCCCCGACGGAAAUCGUAGUCCUCGACAUUCCUUAAUCCCAGACGACUAUAAUCGAAGUCCACGAAACUCGUUGGUCCCAAGUGAUCAAAUGCGAAGUUCACGAAAUAGUCUUGUUCCCGAUAUAAGUCGUUCGCGCAACAGUUUGGUACCCGAAGUCUCACGUAGUCCAAGGCAUUCCUUAGUUCCCGAAUCGGCAUUGAGUCCACGCAAUUCAUUGGUACCAUCGGACGUUGUUGGAUACAAUAGAAGUCCUCGCAAUAGUCUUGUGCCUCAGAGUUCAUCGAGAACUUUAUUAAGUGAAAAUGGCCUAAAUGGAGGACCAAUAAAUCGUAGUCCAAGACAUUCGCUGGUACCAGAGCCACUGAGAAGUCCACGUGGAAGCGUUGCAAACAUUGAUUUUGAUCGAAGUCCCCGAGGAUCAAUUUGUCCUGACAUGCCGCGAAUGCAACCGAGAGGCAGUGUCGCAAUUCCAAUCGAAAUGGACCGCAGCCCAAGAGGAUCAAUCAGCUCUGAAUGUCACAAUCAAAGUCCACGCGGUUCAAUAGUGCCGGAUUCAAAUCGUUCUCCGCGUGGAUCAAUCGUACCCGAUUCGAAUCGAUCGCCGCGUGGAUCAAUCGAUAUUAGCCGAUCGCCAAGGGGCUCGAUUUGUCCGGACAGUAAUCGUUCGCCAAGAGGAAGUAUAGGCAUGUCUGCGGAGGCUGAGAGAAUUGGCGGUGGUCCUGAUCCGGAACGAAGUCCUCGGGGAAGUAUUGACAGAGGUGGUGGCGGCGGGCAGGAAAGAAGAGCUCUUCCGAGAACGGGAUUCAAUCCUCAGGACGGCAGGAGAACUUCCGUUGAUCAAGGAACAACAAAAAAUCGCAGUGGUUCGCCGUAUCGUCAAAAAGAGGCAAAUUCCGGAAGUAUCAGAUCUGGUGGAAGUGGAACAGCUCAAGUGAACCUCGGCUAUGGAACAAAUGCAUGGGCUGAUUCUAGAAGAGCCAGCAGUUCAGUUUCUCAGAUUUCAGGUGAUGAAUCACGAAGAUUAUGUGUAACGGGAAGUGCCGAUUUGACGAAAAAAGGAAGUACAAGUGCAGCACCAUUGGGAGUUGCUGCUUAUGGUUCUUUGGUGUUUCAACUAAAAGAUGCUAAUUUAGAGGCGAAUGGAACGUGUGAUUUCAUUUGUAGAGCAUUGAGAGUUGUCAGUAAAACAAUGGUGGUCACUGUUUGUUUGGCUUGUCUAUCAACAAUGCCAAUUUUGAUGCUAAUUCUCGGAGUCCAAUUCAUCAGGGAUUGUCCAAGGGAGCCUAAUAUUCCAAUUUAUAUGGUUGUUGGAGGGAUUUUGGGUAGUGUUCGUAUGUUUUGGACACUUUACUCUCAAAUUCGUUCAAGGAGACCAGAAGUUCUAACAGUUCCUGGGGUCAGCUCUCAUGUGUCACCCACAAAACUGGCCUCCAUUCUUCUUUCGUGCUUCCUUGUUGGUUGGUUCGUAUUAGGAAAUUACUGGAUCCUACGCAUACGAAUGCCCGAUUUUGCACCCACAUUAUUUGAGCCGAAUUUAUGGUGCCACAAGACCCUUUACAUUUUCUCCAUAGUGCAUCUUUUUGUCGUUUACACAGUUAUCUCAGCGAGUCUUAUAACAGCCCUUGGUCUCACUGUUUGCAGAAUUUUAUCCUGUCCAUGGCCCGAAAGGUAUAAAUAACCACGGCAUUCAAUCAGGCUGAGAGAGGUUCGUGAAAAAAAGUCAGCAACUGUUACAAGUCGACAUCAGGAAAAGUCAUUUGAAGGGAAAAUCUUGGAAGAGCUCACCGAGGAAGAUGAGGAUGAUGAAAAUAGUGACAAAAAAUCAGGAGGUAACGAGAUCGUUCAGGAAGUCAAGUAUUGCAGUAAAGUGCAAUUCCGGGCGCCGGAUAUCAUUGAAUUAUAAAAGAAAACGAUAUAUACGUUUGGACACAAUAAUCCGCUUUUUUUUUUGCCCAGGAGAAAAAAAUUCGAUUUGCCGAGAGAAAGAAAGAAAAUGGUCUCAAUACUCCGAUAAAGAUCACUUUUCAAAAAGGGGGAAACAGCCAAUAGGUGUAAAAUAAUGUCGAUGAGAAAGGAAAUAUUACAUCCUUAAAAUAAAAUUCGACUCAUACAUAAAUAACACCUACACACAUACACAUGUAUACACAUACACCAAAAGUCAAAAUGAAGAAAAAUCUCGUCACUUCCAGUGCAGUUGUUUCGUUUUAUAAAGUCACUGAAAUUUCACGAACCCAUGGAAAAAAAAUAUAUAGCAGUGUUUUGUGAUUAAGUGCUAUACGUGAAAAAGAACAGCUAAAAUUUAUAAAAAUAGGUUUCGUUCCACGUUAAAAAAGAAAUUUUUUUUCCUUUACAUUACAUCGAAUUUUAUUUAUUAUAGGUGGAAUGAUUCUUGAAACCGAAAAAUUAAAAAAUAGUGGUCAAAAAGUGCCCCCCUCCCCCUUUUAAAAAAGUGCAAUAUUUGUUUAACAUCCAAGUUAGCUGUUGAAUAUAUAAGUGUUGAAAAAUGUCUUUCGAGACAUUUGUAUUAUUAGGUAUUGUAUAUUAAAGGCUGUUGUUUUUUUUUUACUUUGCUCAAAUUCUUUUUUUACAGAGGACAAUUUUUAUUGUUUUCUUAAUAUAUUUAUAGCAUAAUAGGACAAGUCGAUGUUACGGUGAGUAUUCGACAUAUAAUUAAUCCAUAAUUUUGUUAGAUGCAAAUUUUUCUUACAUUUCCAAAAAAUUUUUUGUAUUUUGAUAUAAUGUACAUAUAUAGCAAUAAUUUCACACUUGCCGUGAAUACUGUCGCUAAUUAAUUUUUUUUUAGUAGACAUUUUUUAGCGAAUCGUAUGUGUGAUGUUCGGUUUAAUAUGCGAAUGAAAUUAAUAUUUAAAAAAAAAAAUCACGUUCUCGUGAAAAAAUAAAUUUCAAUUAAUUUUUUUUUGUUUCCUUUAUCUCAUAGAGAAAAGUGAAAAAAAUAGUGAGCUUUAAAAAAACACUUCUUCUACGUCUCUUUCGUAAUGAUGUGCAUUAAUAUUGAUGCGUAUUAUUAUUAAUUAUUCAUGAGAACAAAAAUCUCGUCUUGCAAAUUGGCUCCAGUGAAUACAAAAGUUCUUCAAAGUUCAAAGUAGUUAGAUAUAAAAUUCAUAUAAUGUGAAACCUCUUCUUACCCCAUUAGCGCGUAAUCCGAUUUCACUGCAAAUUCAUUUCAUUUGAAAAAAAGAAACUUGAAUUAUUUCAACUGUAAUUCUUGAGUACAAUAUGUAUUGAAAUCUUUUAUUAUUAUUUAAAAAUCGUUUUUUCCACACUUCAAAUCUUUUUACGCAAAAAAAUUAUAAAUGAAGAAUUUUUAACUUUUUUGUAACAAUUUUCAAAGUUUACAAUAAAAAAGUUAAAUAGAAAACUUAAGAAAGACUAAAAUGAGAACUAUAAAGUUUCUUAAUUAAGUUCCAACCUAAUAUUAAACUUUUCGUGAACAAAUUAGCGUAUUUUUCAAAAAGUCAAAUAUAUGUGAAUAUCAUAUUUUACAAAAUAAAAAAAAUUUAAUCAAUUAAAAAAAAAUUUAUUAAUUUUGGCUUCGAUUCACUGUCGCCUGCUGACAUCUAGCAUUUGACUUGAAGUGUGGAGAUCAAACUUUUAUUGUAACAUUUUACAUCGAUGUAAAAUUUAAAAAUCAUGUAAAAAAUAAUCUUUAACAAAAAAUUUAGAUAAUUUUACUUUUCUAAGUUGAAGUGAAAUAUUUUGCAGUGACUCGAAUCGAUAUCGUAGGGCGUAUUCGAGUAAACACAAGAAUUUUAUGCUACGUAUACACAAUGUAUACAGCGGACUCUCAUAUAUAUAUAUAUAUGAUGUGCAAGAAAAAAAAAUACAUACCAAAAAAUAAUAAACGUAUUUUCUACAUUUUCUGUGCGCAAAAAAAGCAUAAAAUCUUGGGCAUUGAAAAUUAUAUUCUUCAGGUUGUGCAAAGAUAGAUUUUGAUUAAAAAUUUUGUUAUAGGUAAGUCCUAAUAAAUAAUAAUAAAUAGCAGAGAGCGAAAUGAGACGAAAGUCAAUUAAUCGAUCGAUAAUUAUAAAUCAUAUAUAUAGUUCAUGCGCAUAAUAAAUAUAUUGUCAGAAAUAUUUAACGUAUAAUAUAAGAUCGAGAAUUUCUCAUUAUACCCAAAAUAUCAAUAAAUAAAAAUUCCUACUUUCUAAUUCAUAUACGAAAAUGGAUCAAAAUGAAAAUUUCUAUCUAGGCCUGGUCUCGAAUUUUAAAAAUUAAGUCAACUUCAAUAGAAUCGAACAUCCCUACUACAAUUUAUAAAAAUUGCAAGCCAUAUAAAUCCGUCUAGUCUGGUAUAAAUAAACAUUUUAGUGUAUCAUAAAAAAUAAAUUUGCACGAAUGUCAUAUAUAAAACGAUUCCAAUCAAUAGUUGACGGUAAUUUUGUAAAUUAUAUAUAUAUAAAAAAAGUAUAAGCAUUGUAAGUAUAUAAAAGAAUAUAUUUCGUAGGGACCUGACCAAAGCAGUAUAUCUAAAUUGUAGAGCCUAAGAAAGAGUGAAAAUAUAUUGGGAAAAAGUAAAUUUUUCUUGAAAGAUAUUUCCUUUCCAAUAAUUCUAUAUUCCUAUAUAACCUAUAUCCUCAAAAAUUCGGGGAAUAUUUUUGUUUCAAAAAACAAAUUUUAUUCCCUUCAUAUGGGGGCCUGUGAAGUCGUUUAAAAAACUGGUCCAUACAUAUUUAUUAUCCACUUCACGUUCACCUGGCAACAAGCGUUUAUUAUUUACGGACUAGAAACCAUUUAGUCCAUAUACUCCCUAUAAAACUGUAUAUAUCAGUGACAAUUUCACUGAUUUCAUUUUCCAGUGGCCGACUUUCAACUUUUUUUCAUUAGUCAAAUUUUUUUUUCCAAAUUUUAAUUUAGGAACGUAAGAAAUGUAAAAAAGAGAUUAUGAAAAUGUUGAACAUACGAUUUUCAAUUAAAAAAUUUUAAUUUAAACUCGAAUCGAAAAAAAAAUAUUCUCUCUCAAAAAAAAAAAUAUAUUCUUCUCAAAAUAAGAAAAAUAAUUAUUUAAAAAUAAAAGAAGUAGAAGAGAAAUAUUUUUUCAAUUUCACAAUAUUAUUUUUCGGUGUUUAUUUAAAUUCUACAAAAUACAUAUUCUAUAUAAUAUUAUUUAUUAUUGCAUGUGACAGAUUAAUAAUUUCUUGCUCGGUUAUUAGAAAAUCUCAUGCAUAUGUAUGCGCGCGCAUAAACGUAGAUCAUAGCGCGGAAAAUGAUGCACUACGAGUUCACUAUUUGCCUGAAUAUUAGAUCAACUCCUGCUAACAUAUAUUUCUUAUAAAUAUUUUAUUUUUUUUAUAUAUUUUUUUUAUAUUUUCCUUUUUUCUGAUCAAUAUAAACAUGAAAUAUUCCAUUUUAUGAAAAAUGCACUGACACUGAUAUUUAUCCCUAUAUACAUAUCCCAACAAUAUAAAUAUCUUCUCAAAGUAUAUAUCCUAUAUCUUUAGAGAUUUAAAAUUGUACAAUUUUUAUUGUUGAAAAAAAAAUGUCAAACUUAACGCGAGGAUUAUAUAUAUAUAUUAUUUUAAACAAACAAUAAACAUAUAUUGCGUUUUAUUUCAAACAAUAUGGUAAUAUAAUAUCGUUUUAAAGCGAACCAAAAUAUUGUUCAUUGUUCAAAUAAAAUGUGCGAAUUUUAAUUGUAACAUUUAUAUAUUCUAUUAAAUUUCACUAAUCAAUAUUUCAGGCUCCUUUUUUUUAUAUUAAAAAUUCCAUUAUUAUAAAAUUUAUAUAAUUUCAUAAAAGUUUAUAGAUGAGAACAAUAUUUUAAUGACACUGUUAAAAUAUUUUUUGUUGACAAUUUUGAAAAUAUUAUUUAUAAAGUGAUAUUGUAAAAAAAAAUUCUUUAUUAUUGUUACAAAAUUGUUUAAUGAUUUUAAAAGAAAACUUCAUUAAAACAAUGAAAUAUUUAGAAAAGUGUAAAAUUGAUAAAUGUAAAUUUACUUGUGUAAAUUUACAAGUAGUAAAAUAUUAUUGUUGGCAAACUUAUAUAUUCUCUAGAAAAAGUUUAAGAUAAUAUAACAUACGUUAUUUUAAGCCAUGAGUUUCUAUAUAAAACUACGUUAUGUAAAGUGUCACACACAUUAAAAAUAUAUGACACUAUUUAUGAAUGAGAAGAAGAAAAAAUAUAAUAAAAUAAUGCAUAAAGCAUUUAUAUUCUUUAGAGAAAUGGAAAAAAAAAAUGCAAAAUAUAAUUUUUUCAAGAGUCGAUUCUGUAUAUUCUAAAUUCGUCUUCGAAUAAAAUGAAACUAAUUUUUGACAGAAAGAGGAAUUUCGUUUUAAUAAAAAGAAAUCUACAUAUUAUAGAACGCCUUAAUAAAUAAAAAAAUUAAAAUGAAUUUGACGGUUUUUAAAUUAAUUAAACAAAAUCCGUCUUUACAAUUACAGCAAAGUUUGCUGAUUUAGAAAUUUAAAUUUACUUAAUAAAAAAAAGGAAUUAUUUAGAAACGAACCAGACCAAAUAAUCAUUUUACCAAUUAUAUAUAAUAUUUUAAAACACAUUCCUUCACCUACGCUAUGCACUAAAAUCAUAUAUAUUUUUGUGACGCAAACGUAUUUUAUGGAAGAAUGAAUAUUUAUAAAAAUACCUUAAAGGGUCCAAUUUUAUCACGAAUUAAUCAAUUUAAAAAUUUUAAUUUUCCAGGUUAUUAACAAAUAUUUUAUAAUUAUAAUUUUUGUCAAAGAAAUGAGUUGUAAAGAUCUUUGCAAAUUUCUUUAAAAAAAACUUUAUCUUAAAUUUAAAACUGAAAUAAAUUUGAAUUUUAAGUUUGCAAGAAUUAUUUUUUUCUCAAACAAAAGAAAACUUGAUUCUUUUUUACCGAAAUGAAUAAAAGGAAAAAGAAAUGCUUAUUAACUAUUAAUGAACAAACGAAAGAAGAUUGUAUGAAGCAAAAUUGUUCAGUCCCAAUAUUUAAAAGAAGCGAUCGAUAAACCUUUUAGGCCAUUCCUAAUUUUCUUUCAUAAAAUAUGUAACACCGACCUAUCCUCUAUCCGAGCUUGAAAUCAAGUUUGCAUAGUUUAUACACAAGAUCUUGUGCUCUAUCUAACACCGCGCCGCAGGAAACCGAGAGCAUCUCUGACCCCGAACAAAUUUCUCUGAUUGGUUUUCUCUUAUCCUGCGGAAGCUGUCGCUUUAUACCCCAAAUUGUUGGGCUUCUCCAAAGAGAUAAACCUCUAAUCCCAUAUUAUAUAGCACACAUUUAUUAAAGUAAAAAAGAAUUUUCUUUCAUAAAAGAAAGUAAUUAUUUAAUUUAAGAAACCGAUUUUUCAAUGUAAUUUUACAGUCAAUGGCUGGCUUGAAAAGAUUAGUUUCUCUCGCAAAUAAUUAAUCAGUAAACGAAGUCAUUGGCCAGAAAAUCCGAACAGGAAAUUGUUACAACAAAUGCGUGACAAACUUUUCUUAAGUAAAAAUAUAAAAUAAAAGGAAAAAGGUUUUCUCACUAACAAAUUUUCUUUAUUCAACUGCGCGUAUAAUCUUGAUUUAUUCACAGGAUACUUUUUCACGAUAUCAGCUUUAAACGACUCCCAUUUUGCCUGCUUUCCCCUUGCUCGCUCUAAGCUCGAGAAAAGUGUAAUCGACGCACGCGAAACGGAUAUUUCGUGCGAAGGAAAUUAGAACCAGUUAUAUAUAUAAACAUAUACCUAAGUAAAACUUCAGCUAAUGUUACAAAAGUUAGAAACCAGACGCCUAAUACAUAAAACGAAAAUUAAUUCUUCUAUAUAUUGGUGCUAUCAUACUUUCUCCCAAAAGAAAGAAAAAAAAAUUACGAAAAACAUUAGUAGAGAGAAGAUAACAAAAAAAUAAUGUUCUUGCUCAGAAAAAAGUAAGUUUCACGAAAAAUUAUAUAUAUAAAUAUAUAUGUCAUAGUUAUUGUAAUGUAUAAAUUUAUUGUUGAAAGCAUAUAUAUAUUACGAUUGGUGGGGCCAUAUUUUAAUACAUAACACAACGCUAAUUAUUGUCCAGAUUUAUUUAUAUGAAAAUGCCUAUUUUCUAUAGAGAGCUAUAUUGAAUGUUAUACAUGAUAAAUCCUUCCAUUAAAAUAAAACAUGAAUUAAUUAUUUACAAAAUUAAGUCAAGUUUAAUUGGAAAUUUAUUCAAAAAUGAAUAUUUAUUAAUAGAUUAAUAAUUUAAUAUUUAUUAAUAUGGAGUAAAAACUAUUUUCUGAAGUUGAUGACAAUUUGUUGCAUUUGGAGAAUAAACCAUUCGUUAAGUGUUGAGAAAUUAGCUUUAAAUGGAUUUAUCAUGUCUUGUUUGCUUACUCGGAAUUUUUAUUUGUAUAUAUAUACGUAUAUGCGAAAUCAAUUGAAUUCCCCAACUCUAUUGCAGAAUGUAGAUUGUAUUUUCUAUUCUUCUUUUGGGAAAAAUAACACAGUUUGUGUUUCAGCGUCGCUGUUUCAUUUGCAAAGGCUUUAGAUUGUAACUUUGAGUGGAUGAGAGAGAAAGAGUGAACGAUUAAAUGUAAGAGUAUGAGUAAAAUAAAAUAAUGUGCAUUAUAAA